UCUGCUCAAUAUUCUCUUCUCCUUCUCACUUCCCACCAUAUAUAUAUAUAUAUAAACCUCUGCUUUUCCCGUUUCCUCAUCUUCUUCAUUUUACUCUGAUCUUCUCCCUGUAAUUCAAACACAUGUCUUCCUCCUGGGAAAGGCCAUCCCGGGGGAAAACGCCGUCGUUUUCCUCCUCCCUCUUGGAAUCCAUCUACCACUCCAUCGACGAAUCGCACGGGCGCCAUGACCGGAGCUUCAUCAGAAGGAACAAUUCAUCGGAAGCCGGCGGCCAGGAAAUCGCCAGCCUUAGACGCGCAAUCAUGGUGGAGAAAUGGGUGGAAAACUGCACGAAUAAUAAGAACGCAACUCCGGCGAGACACUUGAACUCCGACUCGAACUCCUCGACGGACUCCAUGGCCAGCAUAUUCUCCUCCUCCGAAGCAGAGUCCUCUGCCUCAAGAUCCUCCGUUUUCGCCGCCCGGAAACCGACGAAGAAGACGGCGGCGAGGAAAUCCAGCAUUCUGAGCUUCUACGGCGAGCUGAAGAAGACGAAGCAGCCCAUCUCUCCCGGCAGAAGAAUCUGCAACUUCCUCAACUCGAUCUUCACCUCCAAGAACAACAAACCCCACCGCCGCGAAGAUUUCGAUUCCGCGGCGGAGGAAUGGAGCUCGGUGAGGAAAUCAAGAUCCAUGAAGGCCUCCACCACCACCGCCGCCGCCCCAUCCUGCCUGAGCAAAACCCCGUCGUCCAAAUCCAAAAGAUCAGUCAGAUUUUGCCCCGUCAACGUGAUUCUCAACGACGACAGCAGCUUUCGAGAUCUCGAGGUCAAGAACCUCGGCAAUAAGGUGGUGGUACGAGGAAUGUACAAUGAUGACGAGGAUGAUGGGAGGAGUUGUGCCAGCUCGGAUCUGUUCGAGCUGGACAACAUCGGCACUGCUGGCGCCACUCAUCAUCAUCAUCAUCAUCAUGUGGAUGAGAGUAGAGACGAACUGCCCGUCUAUGGAACCACAAGCCUCAUGAAAAUCAAUCAAGCCAUUGCUAGUGGGUUGUUUAUGUAAUUUCACAUCUCUUCUCAUAUCAUCAUCAAUCUACAUAUCUAAUUGAGAGAUCAUUAUCAUUAUCAUUAUAUUAUAUAUAUUGUCCUUUGUUUCUUGAAUAUAAUGCUUUGAGAUGGCAACUUGUUUGAAUUUCUAGCAC